UUCUGUAAGCUCUCCUACGUAGCCUAUAGAUGUGCAUGGUUUUCAGGGGAAAACAGCAAUUCUUCUCACAUGUGGAAGACAUUAAACAGCGCUGUUUCUGCUGCUUGUUUUGCAUUCUUGUGCCAUCAUUUAUUAUUUCUAAAAGUAAACAUAUGUGAAUUCCACAUAAGCACUAAAGCUAUGGGAUUUUCUUUUAAUUUCUCUGUAGACAGUAGAAAUACGGUCAUGACUAUGUCCUGAGAAAGUGGGGAGUGCCAAAAAACACAGUAGAUGCUUUUCAGAGAAAAACAGUGCAUGUCAAGUAUCUGAUGAGUCAUAAAACCUCAAGUUAGUGUAAGCAGAUGUUGGCUACAGCUCACAUUGAGGGGAAGUACAUAAUCACCACCCCGAUAGCCUCCCACUGUCCAUUUCUUGUCCAAGAACUUCCCCAAAAGUGUGGUUUCAAUUUUAUGGAAAGCCUUUGAAAUUUGGCACAGUUUCCAAAAGUAUGUAGGAAAAAAAAGUCUGCCAGAGGUUUGGCCUCCAACUGUGAAAACAGACACUGCCUUUUCGAACUCCUCUCCUAGAUCUACUGACCAACACCCAGAAGAGAGAAUUCACUUUCUUUUAGAAUACGACAGGAAAAUGAAGACCCGGCUAAAAAUCAUAUUUGGCGUGGUUAUAUGUCUUUUGCUUUCCUUAUUACUUAUGUGUAUUGUACUGCUACCAUCAAGAGUUGUCAACACAGAUGAUGGUCCUAGAGCUCUUACCUUGGAAGAUUAUUUGAAUGGAAACUUCCAAUAUAAAACAUUUUUUCCAUAUUGGGUGUCAGAUAAUGAAUAUCUUCACCAGUCUGCAGAGGAUGAUAUUGUCCUUUACAAUGUUGAAAUUAACUACGCAACCACCAUCAUGACAAACAGCACAAUGAAACAAGUUAAUGCUUCAAAUUAUGUGAUGUCAUCAGACAAAUAUUUCAUAGCUCUGGAAAGCAAUUAUUCAAAGCUGUGGAGAUACUCUUAUACAGCAUCAUAUCACAUUUAUGAUCUCAUAAAUGGUGGUUUUGUAACAGAAAAUCAGCUUCCACAUAAAAUUCAGUAUAUAUCCUGGUCACCCGUUGGACACAAAUUGGUAUAUGUAUAUCAGAAUAAUAUCUAUUUGAAACAAAGUCCUAGGGAGGCACCAGUUAAAAUAACUACUGAUGGAAAACAGAAUGAAAUAUUUAAUGGGAUUCCUGACUGGGUCUAUGAAGAGGAGAUGCUAGCAACAAAAUAUGCACUGUGGUGGUCUCCGAGUGGAAGAUAUUUAGCAUAUGUACAAUUUAAUGAUUCUGACAUACCAGUUAUUGAAUAUUCAUAUUUUGGUGAGGACCAGUAUCCUAGAAAAAUAACUAUCCCUUACCCAAAGGCUGGAGCUAAAAAUCCUACUGUUAAAGUCUUUAUUGUAGACACUAUUAACUCUGAAGCAUUUGGUCCUAAGGAGGUGCCAGUUCCUGCAAUCAUAGCAUCCAGUGAUCACUAUUUUACUUGGCUUACUUGGGUAACAGAUACUCGAGUCUGUGUGCAGUGGCUGAAGAGAAUACAGAAUUUUUCAGUCUUAGCUAUUUGUGACUUCAAAGAGCAUUCAAAUACUUGGGACUGUCCAGAGAAUCAACAGCACAUUGAAGAGAGUCAAACAGGAUGGGCGGGCGGAUUCUUUGUUUCUGCACCGUAUUUUACAUCAGACAGCAGUUCAUACUACAAAAUUUUUAGUGACAAAAAUGGUUAUAAGCAUAUCCAUUACAUCAAUGGCUCUGUGGAGAAUGCAAUCCAAGUUACAAGUGGAGAAUGGGAGGCAAUAUACAUUUUCAGAGUAACAAAUGAUGCAAUUUUUUAUUCAAGCAAUGAAUUUGAAGGCUAUCCUGGAAGAAGGAAUAUUUACAAAAUCAGCAUUGGAAGUAAACCUAUGAGAAAACAAUGCAUUACCUGCAAUUUAAGGAAAGAGAGAUGUCAGUAUUAUACAGCAAGAUUCAGUGAACAUUCAAAGUAUUAUGCUUUGAUCUGUUAUGGUCCUGGGAUUCCCAUUUCUACUCUUUUUGAGAACCGUGGUGAUAGAGAGCUCAAAGUAUUGGAAGACAAUUGGGAAUUGCAGUCUGCUUUGCAAGAUAUCAGACUGCCAAAAGAAGAAAUUAAUAAGCUUGAAGUGGAUGGUAUAACUUUGUGGUACAAAAUGCUUCUACCUCCACAGUUUGAUAGAUCCAAGAAGUACCCUCUGCUUAUUCAGGUGUAUGGAGGACCGUGCACUCAGAAUGUAAAGGCAACCUUUAGCAUUAGCUGGAUAACCUAUCUUGCAAGCAAAGAGGGAAUUAUUGUUGCUCUGGUGGAUGGCAGAGGGACAGCCUAUCAAGGUGACAAGAUUUUGCAUGCAGUAUAUCGAAGACUUGGAGUCUAUGAAGUUGAGGACCAAAUCUCAGCAGUUAAAAAAUUUAUAGAAAUGGGCUUUAUUGAUGAGAAACGAAUAGCAAUAUGGGGCUGGUCCUAUGGUGGCUAUGUAACUUCUUUGGCACUUGGAUCUGGCAGUGGAGUAUUUAAAUGUGGAAUGGCUGUGGCUCCUGUUUCCAGCUGGGAAUAUUACGCAUCAAUCUACACAGAACGAUUUAUGGGUCUUCCUAUAAAGUCCGAUAAUCUUGAGCACUAUAAGAAUUCAACAGUGAUGGCAAGAGCAAAGAAUUUCCAAAAUGUAGAGUAUCUUCUCAUCCAUGGAACAGCAGAUGAUAAUGUACAUUUUCAGAACUCAGCACAAAUUGCAAAAGCUCUGGUUAAUGCACAGGUGGAUUUCCAGGCAAUGUGGUAUACUGAUCAGAACCAUGGAAUUCCAGGCCUUUCCAGCAAACAUCUCUACACACAUAUGACCCACUUCCUCAAGCAAUGCUUUUCUUUGUCAGAAUAAAUAGGCUACCCAGAGCAUGCUAAGGCAUCUGAGACAUCUUUGGGAGAAUGAAAAGACAGCAGUGCCCAAGUUGUAUGGUGUUCAGGUGAAUUGAUCACAGGAACUUUGAAAUUUUAAACUUCAUGUUUACAUCCACUUUUGAUGUUGUAUAUUAGCAAAUGUUACGGUAACAAAUGUUUUGAUGCAUUUGAUAUCUUUUGACAUAAAAAAUAAAAUCAGAAUGUAAAGGGUCUUGUGCAUCUAUUGCAAACUUGCUUAAACUUACAUUCUGCAGUCUAAGAGUGGUGGUUCAUUGCAAAUGCACACUGUCAGAUUAAUAUGGUUGCAUUUGUUAACUUGAACUGUAAAAUGGGAAAGGACAAAGGAAGCAGUGCACAUACCUAAUUAGCAUUCUAACAAUAACCAGUUUCUCAAAAUUUAUUUCCAUCCUUUUGUAAAGAAUCCAAGAAGAGAUAGGAACACACAAUAUUUAACCCUGAAGUUUGGGUACCUAUUGACAGUAUUGAAUGUGUUCAAAUUUUAUUCAACUCUUAUUUGAAACCUUGAUUCUGCAAAACUCUGUGUUCAGGUUUAAACAUGAAAGCAGAACACUCAUAAUAACUAUCAUAUAUCAGUGGGUUUUUCACCUGUAUUCAAAGUAUGUGAGCCAUAUUGAGCUGUUUUAAUUUCUAAUCAUCACCUCAGCAUUCAAACUGAUCUCAGUGUCAUUCAUCUCAGACUGGAGGGGAGGGAUCAAAGGAUUGUGCAAGCUUUCUUUGCUUUGUUUCUAGUGCAACAAUUUUAGGGAGUCUUUAAAAAAUGGUGGAAGCUAAAAAUGAUUGGAAUACUUGUAUUAUUUUCAUUAGUAAUUAAAUCAGUCCUGUCACAAUAUAAGAAUAUUAACAAGAUAAUUGGCAAGAGAUCUUUUGUAGAUUAAACAAUUGCUUGGUCAUGUGUUUAAUUAGUCCACUGCAUAAGAACCAUGGUCUUUCUGACACAAUCUCUGCUAUUAGCUGUUGCGAGUGCAAAAUAACCUAAAAUAGAUUGUGUUGCCUUCCCACAAAGCAAGCUGCCUCAUAACUCUCAGUCAGAGACCAGUUGCUGCUUCUUUGUGGAAAAGCAAGGGGUUUCAUUUGACUUUCUUGACAAAAACAUGGGGUUUGGCCAAAAUAAUUAAAAUGUGGAAGUGAUUUGCUAUGUAACAGCUUCCUUCGUUUGUUAAUGGCAAUAUCAAAUCUGAUUUUCCACACAUGAGAACAUUCCUUAGAUACAUCUUUAUGCAAAUGUAGUUGCCAAGCUGUUUGUAAUGGUUAAAUUAUACUUUGAUGGGAACUCUUCAGAAAAUACUCAAUUAGUUCAGGUUUUUUUGGAAACGCUGCCAAUUAUGUGAUGUUAAUGAGCUUUUUGUUGGUAAUGUAAUUAAAAUUCAACUGCUAUAAUGGCUAAAGGAAAAAAUUAUAGCUGUAAGAAAGUUAAAAUUAAGCAAAUAUAACAUGAAGUGGGCCUAAUUAGAUGUUGAUUAUAUGGUCCUAUGUGCAUUUGCUGCACACAACAGUAGUCUCAGAAAUAUGGUUAUCUUACAAAUAAGGAAUACAAUUCAGUUGAAAUAAUGAAAUUUAACUCUCAAUUUGUUAUAUUGAUACAACACCAUGGAAAUAAUUGUAAUCUUGUGGUGAAAGAGAGAAAAAUUGAGCUCUUAUCUGAGAUGCUAAUAGGUUUAAGAUACCUAAAUAUUUCAAGGAGAACCUAAGUAAUUCCCAAAAAAGCAUGGUAUCAGUCUCACAUAAAUAUCAAUAUAUUAAGGUCACUUUCAAUUUCCUCACCUUUAUUUUAUUUAUUCUAUUGAAAAUCCUCUAAAUUCUGGAAAUCUGGGCAGAUAGAUUGGCCCUUUGUUGGUAAUGUAAGUAAUAAAAUGAUGCAAUGUGUUGUUCACACCCUGCCCACAGGUCUGUUGUCUGAAGCUUUUGGAAGUAUUUGAAAUAAGGGACAUUUCAGGAAAAUCAGUUGAAUAAAAUAACAGAAGGUACCUCUUUC